UCCAAAACUGACUCUUUGGGCUGAAACUUCUGCUUCUUCUCAGCCCAGAAACAGCUUGCCUAGGGCUCCCAGCAAAAAUCAGUGCCCACUGGGUACAUCAACACUAGGUAAACAGGAGAAGAGUUUCCAGGUGCGUUUCUGUGUACCAUACUCUGUCUCCAAAGGGAUCUCAGACUUGUCUCUGGCUUACACAUUUAGACACAUUACUGAGCACAUCCCAGCACACUGCUACUCUAGAUCUAGGUGUAUACCUAGGUGUAUACCUACAUGUACAGUGCUCUUGAGUAUAGCAGAAUAUUCAUGAAAUAGUUUUGCUUUCUUGACCCUGCUCUCUGAAGAGCUUGGAUCUCUUGCUGCUCUACACUUUCCUCCCUCCCCGGGCAGCUGUUAAAGAUUUGUGGAUCUCGCUUUCUGCAGCUGGUGGAAUUCUGUCUCAGACAAUCUUGGGAAGAUGGAGUUGAAAGUGGAAGCUUGAUAUGCUGAACGCUCAGAACCAGGAGUCGAAGGUUCUAAACCAGGGAUGGGCAAAAUAUGGUCCGCAGGCCAGAUACAGCCAGCCAACUGACUGGAUCCACCCGCGGCUGCUCCCAUGGCAAUACGUGGGGUUGAGCCCCACCCACUUCUGUUGAGGCAGCCUGUGCUGCUCUUCCACAUGGGCCAGUCCGGCCCCAGCCAGCGUGUGCAGCUUUGCUCCCCUCGUCUCCAGUGAGAGCUGCCCUGCUGAAGCUUUCCCCGCUGCUCGCCUGCCCAGAGCCAUGCAGCAGAGACAAGAGCAGGAGGAGAAGCCACUGCUGGAGCACCCAGCUGUAGACAUCAGGAACAGCCCUGCUGGAAGCUGCACCCUGGCCUUGGAGCCUGGACCAUGGGGCUGUUUGCUCCCCUCAUCUCCAGCGAUGACUCCUGCCCCUGGCCCUACUGUGCUGCUCCAAGCAGGAGGGGCGCCUCAAAGUGCAGGACUCCAUCUCCCAGCUGCCUUCCACCUGCUCUGCCUGCCCAACAUGAUGAGCAGCCACCUGCGGGUGGAAGGCAGCCAGAGUCCUGUGCGCCAGGCAGGAGCUGCCCAGCUGAAGUUUUCACCCAGCUGUGUUCUGCCCCUACUGUGCUGCUCUGGGGAGGCAGGUGGGGGGAAGCUUCAGCUGGGCAACUUCCACUGGAGGGAGGGGAGUAGAACAGCACCUGACCAGCUGCAACUGCACUGGGAAUAGCCCCACCAGAAGCUGUGUACUAGCCAGGGCUGGGGCCAGCAGGAGCAUGGCAUGGGCUGCUCCAGGAGCACACAUGGGCUCAGCCUCGUGGAGUGUUGUGGACCGCACUGAAAGGGCUAGCUCUGGCUGCAUGUGCCUUCCCCCCCCCCAGUUUUCUGGACCUAGUGCCCAGGCAAUCUCCCCCACUACAUGUGCACACACCCCUCCAACCCUCCCCAGGGCAGGUCAUGCAAUGAGUGGAUCGUGGCUCAGUGCAGGCCCUGGUCCCAAGCUGUCACUGUCCUGGCCUUGUCUGCUAGUCUCACUCUUGAACACUGCUUCACACCUGCCCAAAGCCCUGUAGGGAAUUUUGGUGAGUUGUGUUGGUGGUAGGAAGAGGGGUGCUGACCUGGCCUGCAACAGCUCAUCAAAGCUCCCUAUGUGGUCCUUGGGCCCAAAUAAUUUCCCGCCCUGUUCUAAACCCGGCUGUGCUCUUUCUGUGAGAGCUCUGAGCUGUGGCACCACUGCAGCAUUUGACAGACCAGGGCUCUGAAGUCAGCAAUGUUCCUCCACUGUCCUGGUCUGCAGCUGUGAAGUGCUGCACCUGCUUUCAAAAGCCCUUGAGGGCAGAGUUAAGGUUACUGCUAGAAUCAAUGCCUGGAUUUCUACAGAACUGAAGCAGCCACACCAUUAUUUUUUGCUCAUUUUCAUGUGGAUUCUCACUUCCUGCUUUUGCUUGGAGCUCCAGCUGUCUUGCUGUAUAUGAUGGCUGCUUCUGGUUCUGUCUCUUCUUUUUAGGGAGCAAAAGUACUGUGUUUUUAGUGAUGUCUACAAUAAGAUUCCUGUCCAUUUGCAGAAUGAUGGGGCAGACAGUCCUAUCUGGAAGCUCUGCUACUAGACCACAGUCAGCUCUGUAUCUGUACAGACAGGAAAAUGAAUGGUUAUUAACCACAUUUUCCAGGUGAGGAACUGAGGUACAGCGACUAAACAAGUUACCAAUACAGUGUCAGUGGAACAGACAGACCCUGAUCUUCUGUCCCCCAAGCUAUGCUGGAAAAAAAAAAUCACCUUUGCCCUUUUCCUUGUAGGAUAUAGCUGAUGUCUGGUCUAUGCAACAAAGCUCUGCUGGCAGAACUCAAGUUUUAGCUGCAGACAUUUACCACUUAUCUAUAUACACACGGGUUUUCUAAGACAUCAAAACCAUUGUUUCUGCCAGAGAUACAAGUCACCUCAUGAAAAAAUACAAUGUUGCAAGAAAGAACAACAUAGGCUUCUUUGCUGUCCAAAGUGGAAGCCCCCAUGUCUACCAUCACCUUUCGUGUAGAGACUGAUAUGAAUGACCUGUUCUCACUUUCUUGCCAGAGUAGAGAAUGGCAGUGAAGUGUGAGAGCCCAUCCUUUAUGGCAGUGUUUCUCAAUCCAUGGGUUGUGACCCAAAAGUGGGUUGCAAGGAUAUUUCAAAGGGUUGCGAGCAAGUGCCAGAAAAACGUGCGACUGCGGGUUUCCCUUUGCAGGAUGGCAGCUUUCCAGCCUGCAAACGGCUGCUUGGGGCAUAGCCAGCUUGCAGCCAGGCAGCAUUGUGGGAGCAGCCCCAGUGGCCGGAUGAAGGUAAGUGUAUGGGAGCGGGGCUUGGGGACUUUCAGGGUGGGUGGGGACGGGUGUGUGAGGCCGAGCAGGUGCCCGCCAGCACUGCAGGAAGGAGGCUGGGGGGCCGGCCAGGUGCAGAAGCUACUGCAGGGUGGGGCAUUGUAGGUCGGGCACCAGCAGGGCCAGGAGGUGCAAGUCAGGACAAGCCAUCGAUCUUUGCAAACGGGUCCCGGUACAAAAAAGGUUGAGAACCACUGCUCUAUGGUAUACUGUGCUACUCAAGGUUUUCUUUUUGUUGGAGUCAAUGAAAACAUUUAGCUUCAAAAUUCCAAACAGCCCCAGCAAGAGGGAGACAUGGUGUUAUGGGGAAACAAUGCUGAACCCAGUUCAACUUGAUAGACAAAGCUGUUACAUCAGCUGCAGGGUGACACAUCCUAAAAUCUAUUGGGGAAAACCGCAUAGCUAGGGAGGAGAAGAUGGGAAGGUGAAUGAGCGGACUGUUAGAGAAAGUGUUUCUAGCAUGGCCCUCCAAAACAGGUGGCGCUGGUCACCAGCAAGGGCCAGGCCAGAACGCUAGACUGAAUGGACAAGCUCAAACAAAGGGAUUCUGAUGUUUAUCAAGGCCCAUGCCUACACAUGUGGAAAAAAACCCCAAACCAGCACUUUACUUUCAGCUCAGUGCGUCCCUGCACCAAGCGCAGCCCCUGCCCAGAAGAGGCACUGCGUUAGUUUGAUCCAGCUCACCCAAUGUCAGGCACUUCAGCAGGGCGUUUUGGCACUUUUAUCUAAUAGCUGAUUGAAUCAGCUAUUAAAAGCACCAAAAAGCCCUGCUGAAGCGCUUGAUCUAUAUAGACACUGGGGAGAUGGGUCAGAGUAAUGCGCUUUCUUUUCUGGUAGAGUGCUGCUUUUGUUUUGUUGUUUUAAGUCUGUCAGUGCCCAUUAAAGGGUAACUUUUUGGAAAACAGGAGUCUCUUGUGCCAGCUCAGGUAAUUAGGAUUGCUGAUCUGACCCAGGAGAGACCAGAUACUAUCUAGUAUAUCUACAAUGGAAGCUUUAUGGAUUAAGUGCCUUCCCAGAGGCUUCUGAGAUCAAUCUACCUGGCACAUUAGUCAUGGUAGAUUAAAAGCCAGUUAUUUAAAAAAUCUAUUUAAAUAAUAUUUUUAUUUAAAUAAAACUAUUUAAAAUUAUAAUAAAGACAGGUUAAAGCUUACAUUUAUUAUAAUUCAAACAGAUGCUUUACAUUGUUUAAUUCAUCAGCUGAAGUCUUAAAGAAAAUCAAACCUCUGAAUGGCUGGAAAUCACUAGUUCAGCACUGCCUAGUUUAUUGAAAUGCUAAGCUAAACCAUUGUUUUGCCUCUGUAGCUGUAUACAUAGGCUAUGUUUUCUUAACUACAGUUUAUUGGUCAAUUAAUUUGAACAAGCUCAAAACUAAGAUACCAAUUAGGAGUUGAAAAACCAGCAAUGCUUCUUUCCUUCUUUUAUGAAUCAAGACUUAGUAAAGGAGGAUGAAAUCUAUUAGUUCUAAGAUAUUGGAGAAAGUGGUAACCAAAAAAAAUCACUUUAGUUUCCAUACUAUGGAUAAGUGUUUCAUAAAUUAGCUUUAAAUGUAAGAGUGAUCUAUGCAUCCACCACCUUUUAAGGUCAAAGUAAUUAAAAAAAAUGUUUUUGUGCAUUUUUAGUUGAAUUCCAAUUUCCAUCCAAAUAGCUUGAUAUACGUUAUGACUACAAAAUUAACAAUCAUUUAAUGAAAAGUACAGCAAUCUCCAUUUCCCAGCAUAAAAUGUAAACAAUUGAGAAUGCAAAUAAAUGUACGUUCAGCUUUUUAACGGCUUAAAGGCAUCUGUUACAGGUAACUAAUAGUUCUGGUUACCAAGGAGAACUACUAAAUGUAAUCUAAAGGCUAUAUUUAUCCGUAUGUUUUUAAUAAGUGCCGAGUAAUGGAAAUCAAAAUGAAAAGUCUUCCUUUAAAAUUAUACAGAUACAAAACAAGAUUCAAAUAGAUGAUCUAAAUAAAGAUCUCCUGUUUGCUAAGUCCUUACUCCUGUUUCCAGAGACAUAAUGACAUGGCUGGAGUGCCUGGGGCAGCAGCCAUGCACAGGGGCAGCAUUGACUCUUCAUUGCUGCUGCCAGCGCAGUUGUGCAGCUGCAGUGGUAGCUGGUUACCCUGCCCUACGCUACUGCUUGUCCCGACCAUGGAUUUGAAUAAAUGGCAGUCUUUCCCCUUUGGUUUUCCCUUCUGCAGGAAGUGGAUAUUCGGUUCAAAUGCAGUGUGAAUUUUAACUUAUGCAAAAUGUUUUGAGAUCUUUCAAUGGGGAAAAAGGCACAAAACAGAAACCCUCCUUGUCAGGAACUAUGAUCUAACAGAUAGGACGCUGGGCUGGUUGCUCUGUCCCCAGUUCAGAUUCUGGGCAGUUCACUUCACCCAUCUGCACUGCUCAUUCCGCUACUUAGACCAGGGGUUGGCAACCUGUGGCCCCAAGGUUCUGAAUCCAGCCUACCAGGCAAUCAUUUUACUUUAUCCAGCCUGCGAAGCCUGGCUAAUCAGUUGCAGUUCAGUGGUUGCAGCUGGUUCUGAAGCUUGCCUUGAACUAAAUUGUAUUGUUGUGGCCUGCUGCUUCCAAAAUGUUGCUAGCCCCUGAUUUAGACAGCCAACUCUUCAGAGCAGGGUUUUUUGCUGUGUGAAUGUACCACCUUAUCCUAUAGAGGUGAGACUAGCCUCAGGGAGCUACAGCCAUAUAAGUAAAUGCCCAAAAAUGCACCUCUUGAAAUAAAAGCAUUUAAACACCUCCUUGUACUUCUACAGUGGCAGAAGAAAAAGCCAGAAGUAAACAGACGUAGGUAUAGAUGGCAUUUUGAAAACUUGAGCUUCUGUAAAAGCUCAUAGACCCAUAUUCACAAAUCUUAACUGGUAGGCAAGGUUUGCCUUGCCACUGGCUCUUUGAAGUUGCUACUACUAAGAUGCUUGCAUUUGGAAAUGUCUUUAUUUAGAAACGCUAUUUUUAGGACCAGAAAGUGGACCAUGACCCUUCUAAAUGAGUCUGGAUUCUCUACUUAAGUAAAUCAAAUGCUCACAGACAAUUUGGUUUCUUUAUUAGCUCUAGCUUUUGAUCAUAGCAUUUCUCUCCUCCUGGGGUGACUUUUGACCUGUUUUCAGCAUGGUUGUUCUGCCUGUUGCUUGGGGUAGGAUCUCCUCCUCCUCCAACAUUUUCCAAACAUCUGAAAGCUGAAUCCUCCUUAGGGAAAUAAAAUCAAUUACGCUCCCCUUCAGCUGUGCCAUAUGUCUUGUGUAAAUAUAUGAAUUUAUGCAUUUCUAGCAUGUGUGCUCCCACCCAGGGACACGCGUUUAGGAAAACAUUGCUGAAGAUGUUCAAAGCUUACAAGAAGGGAGAAAAGUGUCAUGCGAACUGUGAAUUAGUUAAAAAUACUGAUGUUUGAAAUGUGUUUUAAGUACUUCUUGUUGAGUGGAGCUUCACAGUUUAGAGAGGUGGCUUCAGGCUCUCUGCAAACUCGGGUGAAAUUGCUGCAUCAGCUUUGCAUGGGUCAUGUUUUGAAAGCUUUAUUUGAAACUAGAUCAGGGGUCAGCAACCUUUUGCCAGCACAGGCCAUACUUCGCAACUCAGUCACUGCCGUAGGCUGCAAGUCUCUGCCCCCUAGAGCAACCAGCUGCCUGUGUUUACCCUUGUGGCUGAUCCCCAUCCUCUCUACAGCAAGAAAAAUUGCAGAUGCAUCAGGGCAGCAGGCUCCACAGCAAAGGAAAGUGCUGCAGAGGGCAUGGGUAGCAUGGCACAGCUCUGUGCCUGAUCAGACCUUUGCAGGCUGGAUUGGAUCCCUUUGGGAGCUGGAUCCAAUCUGUGGGCUGUAGAUUGCCAACCCCUUGUUUUAGAUGAAAGCUGGAGAAGUGAGGUACACAUGAUCAUGCACAAAGUGAAAAAAGGUCCCUACCCUUUGCACAAUGCCUUCAUGUUCAGUCUUUCCAUGGCCCUCUUGGACUCAUUAGAGAGGUACUCUGUGAAUUGCACCUUCUAGCUUCCAUGUAUUGUUCUUUGAAAGAAGAAUGUAGUAAGGAUUGGUUCCUAGCCUUUGUGCUUUUGUCAAGAACUGUGUGCUUAACUUUUCUUUUCCUUUAUAAACAUUAGAAACAUCAAGUGUGGUCUUCCGUGUUUUUGUUGAUGGUCUCAGACGUUGUGCAUAGUUUUUUUUGUGGUCUUUUAUUGAAAGUGUGGUGGUAUCAAAUCUUUACCAAAAUUCCCCCCCCCCCCCAAUUAUUUAGAAGGCCUAUGAGUUACGUUGAGCUGUAAACAGUUUGAAUACAACUUCCAAUUUUAAUUUGGUUAUUUAGAGAUCACUGCCUUUAUCCCUGUGAUGGGCUCCAACAUUUUUGCUGGGGAUUUUUUUGGGUGCAGUGAGACUUGUAUUUUUAGGGCAAGAAAACAGCAGGAAUGGGAAAGGUGAAAGCUAGAAUUCUGUUACAAAAACUCCCAUAUUAUUUCCUUACAGGUCACCUGUGAAAGUGAUUUCUGAACAUUUCAGCUUGUUGCCCAUUCUGGCAGCUUGUUUGCUACACAGUGUUGUCCUUUCAGCAGUAGGUUAUCUUACAAUAGCACCUAGCACCAAAGGGUUGCAAGCCCUGUUGGGGCCCUCCAGGGGCAAAUGAAAUAUGAGUAGUACAACCCUGACCUCCCAUCUGCUUUUGCUGGCUAAAAGUCCUGCUCUGCUGUUUGCAGGCACAGGGCAUGUGUUCGUCCCAAACCACUGGCCAGUUUCCAAUUGUGUGAUUGCUGUCAGACUCCCUCCAUGCCUUCUGCACUAUCCACUGGCUGGCAGCAUCCUUGUCCUAAACUAUGGUGUGGCAUUGCUUUUAAACGUGUGCUCCGUUCCACCCAAGAGGUGGCUGCAUUUCACAGGAGGGCACAGUGGGGUUCUGCAUAGCAUUGUGGUGUGUAACUGAACCGCCUAAUGUAAAAUGUCAGCUAUAACUUGUCAGGAAAAUUCUCCCUUCCUGACCUAGGCAAAGCGGCCGGGGGGGGAGGUGUUUCUCUCUGGCAGUUGGAGAUGAAACAGCAGUUGGAUCCUUCAUCUCUGCUCUUUCUUGAUGCAUCCCUUAGCCUGAGUGUGGUCAUCUUGGCCUCCACCUUGCUGAGCCAGGUGUGGUCUGUUGCCUGUUUCACGGGCCGUGUUGCUGAACAUCUGGGUUGGGAUAAGCCACCGAGAAGAGCCUGUCAGCUCCCUGCCAAGGUGGGAUGGGACCCUCAGGGGCUCCACUGCAUGCUUGGGGAAAGUGGCCUGGUGGGCUAGCAAAGCAGGAGAGCUGUGUUGUGCUGCUGGCUGUGCCCUGUUCUCCUUGCUCAUCUGUUUCCAUUCCCACUGGUCCAGUUAAGGCUACAAGCUCUGCAGGCAGGGACUGCAGGUCUUCCUUUUUUUUUCAUGAGGAAUCUACACCAUGUCUGGCACCCAGGGGCCCUGAGUUCAGUGCAAGCUUUUGCCACCAACCCUUGUGCCCAUGUGUACUUCACUAGCCUCCAGCUGGGCCUUUCCAUCAGCAGCUGGAUUCUGAGGGUGGGAAGUCAAGGGGCAAGGGGCUGGGAAAGGCUGAGCACAGCAGGGCAAUGAGAGGGAAGGGAACACUGUGUGGGGUUGGCAACUUUGGACUAGAUGAUCUCCUGAGGUCCCUUCCCAUGGGCAAGUGGUGCCACCAUCAUCAAGGUGGGCAUGGGCCCCAUCAGUGACCAGUCAGUGACUGGCCAAUCUUCCCAAAUUGGGAGGGGCGGGGGAGGGUCCUCUGGCUGAUCGGGAAGCAGCCGCAGCGCUCCCAGAAGUGGCCGCAGUGCUGCAUCUGGUGCCCACUCCCUGGCCUCCGCUCGCAGGGGGGGCACUGGCGCUCCCACCUAAGCGUGGCCUGUCCGGGGGUGCACCCCUGCUCUCAGUAGGUGCACAUGCACUGGCUACAAGUCACCACUGUCCCUUCCAGCUCUCAUUUUUCCAGUGAGAGGGGACCGCUUCUGGCUGGGGGUGUGCACAGCCCCCUGGCAGCAGGGUGCUGCCACCUGGGUGCCCCCCUGGCAUCCCAGCUGCCCUGACCUGGGAGCCUUGGGCACCUGCAGGGCGCAGGUAUGGUGAUGCUGUGUGAGGACCCCCUUUCCCUCUGCCUGCCCCCACCCGGGGCUGGCACCCCUGCCGCAUGAGCGCCAGCGGCUCCACUUUGGCCCCUUUCUGUGCCGCAAGCUCCUCUCUGGUGGGCCGGGCAAGCAGCCCAGGGCCCGCAGGAGGGGUGGGGCAGCCAGGCCGCAGCUGUGCCAGAUGUGGGAAAGGAGACCCGGGGGUGGCGGAGCCUCCUUCCCCCGCGCACAACAGGGCUGCUGCGCCUCGCCGGUGCGUGCGGGGGGGGCACGGCCGCCCCCCGCAUUGUUGGGGGCAGGGCGAGGAGGAGGGUCCCGGGCAGCAGCAUGUAGGGGGCAGGGAGGCAGGAAGGCGAUCCCAGGCGGUGCCGGCCCCGGGCGGGAGGCGCCGGGCAUGGGGGCCGGGCUGCUGCUGCGGGCUGCCUGCGUGCUGGCCGCGCUGCCGGCCGCCCAGGCCAGGCUCUAUCCCGGGAGGAAGAAGCCGGGCAGCUUUGCCGUGGAGAGGUACCGAAAGGAUCCCCUUCCCCCCAUUCCGGGGGAGCCCGUGUAAACGCGCGGAGCGGAGUGACUCCGGUUGGGGCGCGGCGGUGCCUCUGCCAGGCUUGUGCUCAGCCCGUGCUGUGUGCACCCUGCCCUGGGGGCGUGGGUGGCGCUGGGUCCCUCGUGUCUCUCUGUCUGCCCACCUCGUGCUCCAGGGGCUCCGCUCUGACCCUGCGGCCAUUUGGGGUGCUCCUGUCACACUCCACAGCUGCCCCCUGCCUGUGUGCUGGACGCCGCGUGCCAUGCUGGGGCACGCGUGUCUGCAGCGCGCGCCGCCGGUCCAGCUGUGGGUCUGUCCGCUUGUCGCACUCGCUGCUGUGGCGUGUGUGCCCGUCUGGCUGCGCCACCUCCCGGUGCCAGCCCCUGAGGGAGCGGGCGAGAAGCCUGUAGGGCCCUCAGGUGGGCAGGAUGUCGGCCCCCAGCACCGAGGUUGCUCCCUUGUUUUCCACAAGGCUGGUCUUAGUGGGACCUUGGGCGGAGCUGUUUCUUUUGCAAGUCACACGGCCCAGAAGUGUUCCCGCUCUCUCCCUGGUGGGAGCCGACUCCCGUGGCACCUUUGGUCCCACCUUGUGUCUGGCAGCCACAGUGGGCCGAGAGGCAGGGCUCAGCUGGCCCUUCCCAACUGCCUCAAUGUCCUUCUCCCUACCUUUGACCUGCGGGUGGCUCUGGCUGCCGUGUGUCCCAGGCUGGGCGUGGGGAGGUCCUCCGAGAAUCUCAGCAUCUCUCCACCCCAGGCGCCGCAUGGGACCACACGUCUGCUUCUCGGGCUUUGGAAGUGGAUGCUGCCCUGGGUGGAUGCCGUCCCCAGGCAGCGGGCAGUGUACCCUGCCUCUCUGCUCCUUUGGCUGUGGCAAUGGUCUCUGCAUUGCUCCCAACGUCUGCUCCUGCCCAGAUGGCAAGCAGGGCAUCGCUUGCCUAGAUCCACCCAGUGCCUGUGGUGAGUAUGGCUGCGACCUCACCUGUAACCAUGGUGGCUGCCAGGAGGUGGCUCGUGUCUGCCCUCUGGGUUUCUCCAUGGUGGAGACAGCUAAUGGUGUGCGCUGCACAGACAUCAACGAGUGCCUGAGCGCCUCCUGUGAGGGGCUGUGUGUCAACACCGAGGGUGGCUUCGUCUGUGAGUGUGGCCCAGGCAUGCAGCUCUCUUCUGACCGCCAUAGCUGCCAGGACACAGAUGAGUGCCUGGCCACCCCAUGCCAGCACCGGUGCAAGAACAGCAUUGGCAGCUACCGCUGCUCUUGCCGCCCUGGCUACCACCUACAUGGCAACAGUCAUUCCUGUGUGGAUGUGAACGAGUGCCGCUGGCCCAGUGAGAAGCGUGCCUGCCAGCACUCCUGCCACAACACUCCAGGCAGCUUCCUGUGCACCUGCCGCCCAGGCUACCGGCUCAGUGGGGACAGGGUGUCAUGCGAAGGCUUACCAAAAACCAUUCUGGCCCCGUCUCCCAUCCUCCAGUCUCUGCAGCACCCUCCAACACUCCUGCUGCUCCCCCCUGACUCUGGGAGGCACUUAUUGGCUCCUAAAGGCUCCCUGCCUUCCCGAGCCCCUGCCCUUGCUCCUGCUCCUGUACCCAGCACCCAGACCCCUUCCCCACUGCCGCCAGCAACCUCCUCCCUGAUGUGGAAUUUCCUGUCGCCAUCACUGCUCCAGGAGGGUCCAUUGCCCUCAAGUCAUCCUGCUGCUGCUCCACCACCCUCCCCUGAUGCUCCACCUUCCCCCUGCUGGCAUCAGGGGGCACUGUGGGAGCAUGAUAGCCGCUGGAUGGAGCCCAGCUGCCUGAGCUGUACUUGCAAGGGGGGCCAUGUGUUGUGUGAAGUAGUGACCUGCAGGAUCUCCUGUUCCCACCCAGUGCCCCCAAAGAAUGGGGAGUGCUGCCCCAGCUGCACAGGCUGUCUGUACAAUGGGGUCACCCGGGCUGAAGGGGAUGUAUUUUCUCUCUCCAGUGGGAACUGCACCGUGUGUGUGUGCCUGGCUGGCAAUGUUUCCUGUAUCUCUCUUGAGUGCCCUCCAGGCUCCUGCCACAGCCCUGCCCAGUCUGAUUGCUGCUCCUGUCAGCCAGCUAAGUGCAAGUUCCAAGGUCGCAAGUAUGCACAUGGGGAGGAAUUCAGCUUGGAUGGGGAUGACUGCACCACCUGUGUUUGUCGGAGUGGGGAGGUGGAGUGCUCCUUCACCCCUUGCCCCGUGCUACAGUGUCCUCGCCAGGACUGGCUGCUAGUACCAGGGCAGUGCUGCUUUUCAUGCCAAGAGCCUGUGCCCGUGUCAGGUUGCUUCAUGGAUGACAAUGGGGUUGAGUUUCCCAUCGGACAGAUCUGGUCUCCGGGUGAUCCCUGUGAGUUAUGCAUCUGCCAGGCAGAUGGCUCGGUGAGCUGCAAGCGGACAGAGUGUUUGGAGACGUGUCCUCAUCCUAUUCAGAUUCCAGGACAGUGCUGCCCAGACUGCUCAGCAGGCUGCACCUAUAUGGGAAGGGUCUUCUACAACAACGAGACAUUCCCUUCUGUCCUAGAUCCCUGCCUUAGCUGCAUCUGUCUGCUUGGCUCUGUGGCUUGCUCUCCUGUAGACUGUACCGUCUUUUGUACAUACCCGUUCCACCCUGAAGGGGAAUGCUGUCCUGUCUGUAAUGAUUGUAACUAUGAAGGCAGGAAGGUGGUGAAUGGACAGACGUUUGUACCAGAGGCAGAGCCCUGUAUUCACUGCACCUGCCAGUUUGGGGAGGUGAGCUGUGAGAAGAGACCUUGCCCCAUUUCCUGCACAGAGUCCUCCACAACCCCCACUGACUGCUGCCUGGGCUGCCAAGUCAGCCAGGUUCUUCUGCAGAGCAGUCGUGGCCCUGGACAACUGGAUGACAUGGAGUCCAGGCUAUCCCAAGCACACAGUCCCCGAGAGGACUCUGUGGCCCUGCCGAGUGGCAGCAACUGCAGCCUCUGUCCUAGUGUCCAUCUUCCAGCUUCUCCCAGCCGCCUUGCCCAGCUCCUUGCAGGAAGCAACAUGCCCACUCAGCAUGCUGGGCCCACAAAUGUGGCUGGACCUCAUCCUGCUGGGACAGGGGCCCUUGGGCCACUUCUGAAGAGGUUAGGAGGCACAGCAUCCCCUCUGACUGGGCCAAGCUCUCCAGAAUCCCAUAGGUCUGCUCCUGACCUUUUCAUUCUGAAAGAAACUUCUGGGUCUGUCACUGCAAAUCCAACCCCUUCCCAACCCCCUGCACCCCCCAGCCCAGAUCCCACAAGUGACCAUCUGCCCUCUGAAGGUAGCCGUAGCUCAGGGCCUGUUCUUCAGAAACCUUCCCUGCUCCCAUCAGGAGGAGUAGAGGAGCCUGUGGAUAGGGAGGCUGGAGUGCCUCCAAGCGGGGAGAGUAAACCUGGCCCUCUGACUCCAUAGUGCUCCUCACUAAGGGGCUAGGGAGUGCCAGGCCCAGUUGGAGCUGUUUGAGGAAGAGGAGGCAACUUGCAAAAGGUUACAGGCCUUAUCUAGCAGAUAGGGGCACAGAGGGGCCAUGUCAUUCUGUGCCAGGGUCAAGGGAAGGGCAAUGUUGCCUCCAGAGCUGUGAGUGGGCUCUGUCCUUUACUCUGCUGGUGCCCCCAGGCUGUUUCCUCCCUAUAUCCUCUGGGAGUGGAGGUGUCUCAAAAGAGGCAGUGCCAUACUACCGGGAGGAGACAAUACGUUCCUGCUGUGGUGGCUUGAGUAGUCCUAAGUGACCAUGGGGCGUUGUGACACUCUAUGAGUGCACAUUCCCCACCUGAGAUUCCAGUUCAGUCACCCCCUCAGUCCUUCUGGCUUGUCGGCCUUCUCUGAGCAGGUGGUGAUGGGGAAAUGUCAAGAGCCACCCAAGUCUGGCUCCCCUCCACUUUGAGACAUACCCCGGUGGCCCUAGGGGAUCUCCGUGCAGGGCUCGUGGACUGAUAACUUUCCCAACCCAAGAAAGCCUCUACUUUGGGGUGCUCCCUGCCUUGGUCACCCCCCAGGGUCCCUGAAUCCAGCCCCCAUAUCUCCAGCCUCAGACAGGCCCAGGUUUCUGCAUUUGGCCUCUGGCAUUCCUACCAUUUCUCACAAACACGGGGUCAAGAGUACAAGCUGCCCAAAAGAUUUGAACACUCACUUCCUAGUAAGCAUCUAGAUUCCCUGGGCAGCUCUGAAAUCUCCCUCUGACUUUUCUGAUUCUUUGGAGCUGGCAGGGGGUCUCUUAGCCUCCUAGAUGGGGGUUGGACAAGCUGGAUUUCCCAAGUGGCUUACAGUGGACGGGUGUCUGAUCUGCCUUUAGGGACAGGCUGCCCCUCCUCUAACUUGAUUAUUAAUAAAGUUUUCAUAAUUAUUUAACCCAAGCAUUCCUUCCUGCUGCCUAUGGUGGGCUCUGCCUGGGUGG